UCCGGUGAGCUGCAGUCGCCGGUUAUGACGACUCCCUCCUCCGGAGCAGCCGCCGCCGCCGCCUUCUCCGCAGCCCCGGUUCGCCCGGCUCCAGGCCUGUGGAAACAGCUGUUUUGUGCUGAAGGAAAAAGAAGCUCAGCUGCUAAAGCUUCUAUCUGCUGGGGAAGUGCGCCCUCCCAUCCUUCAGGGGCUCUUGCAAGAGGACUCAACACCAGAAGGGCUCUGCCAGGCCCCGAGGUUGUGCUUUCAAGCACUAGCAGCCACUCCCAGUUUAUGCAAGCGGGUGCAUGCUCUCUGCAAAAUCCAGAUUUUAGGUAUCUGAAACAUCACAACAGCUUCUUGGUGGUUCUCAGGAUUUAAAGAGGUUUGGAGGUUGCUAUGUUCAUGCUGCUUGUCUUUGGAGCAUUGCUUCAUGAAGUUCCCCUGAGUGGCCAAGACGAGGUUCCUCCCCAGGCUGAUGGCAUUCUGGGCGCCCCUCUGUUCAACUAUGCCAGCCUCCGCCUGCCAGAAGAGCAUAUUCCCUUCUUUUUGCACAAUAAUAGGCAUAUUGCCAUGGUUUGUAAGAAAGACUCGCAUUGUCCUUAUAAGAAACACUUAGAAAAUUUAAAGUACUGCUGGGGUUAUGAGAAAUCCUGCAGACCAGAGUUCAGGUUUAGUUACCCUGUUUGCACCUACGUGGAUAUGGGAUGGACGGACACUCUUGAAUCAGCCCAGGAAAUAUUCUGGAAGCAAGCCGACUUUGGGUAUUCUGAAGAGCGGCUGGAGGAACUCCAUGUGCUCUGCCAGCCGAAGGGAACGAAUGACUCAAGUCUAGUGUGUUCCCGUUACCUUCAGUACUGCAGAGCGACCAAUCUCUACCUUGAUUUAAGAAACAUCAAGAGAAACCACGACAGAUUUAAGGAAGAUUUUUUCCAGAGCGGGGAAAUUGGAGGACACUGUAAACUUGACAUUCGUAUGUUGAUGUCUCAAGGCCAGCGCAAAAGCCCUCUGCAGUCUUGGUUUGCUGAGCUACAAAGCUAUACUCAGCUCAACUUCAGACCAGUAGACGAUGCUAAGUGUGACAUUGUUAUCGAGAAACCAACCUACUUCAUGAAAUUAGAUGCAGGUGUUAACAUGUAUCACCACUUCUGUGAUUUCAUCAAUCUUUAUAUUACUCAGCACAUUAAUAAUUCCUUCAGCACAGAUGUGCACAUUGUGAUGUGGGACACAAGCUCCUACGGAUAUGGUGACCUGUUCUCCGAUACAUGGAAAGCAUUUACUGAUUAUGAUGUUAUACAUUUGAAAACUUAUGAUUCCAAAAGGGUAUGUUUUAAAGAAGCUAUUUUUUCCUUACUCCCGCGGAUGAGAUACGGGCUGUUCUAUAAUACCCCUCUGAUAUCUGGCUGUCAAAAUACCGGAUUAUUCCGGGCAUUUUCCCAGCAUGUGCUACACAGACUGAACAUCACACAAGAGGGUCCCAAGGAUGGAAAAAUUCGAGUCACCAUUCUCGCACGGAGCACGGAAUACCGGAAAAUACUGAACCAAAAUGAGCUUGUAAAUGCACUGAAAACGGUAUCUACAUUUGAGGUCCAGAUUGUCGAUUAUAAGUAUAAGGAACUUGGGUUUUUAGAUCAGCUAAGGAUCACGCAUAACACGGACAUAUUUAUUGGAAUGCAUGGAGCAGGUCUUACCCAUUUACUUUUCCUUCCAGACUGGGCUGCUGUGUUUGAACUAUACAACUGUGGAGAUGAACGCUGUUACUUGGACCUGGCCAGGCUGAGAGGCGUCCACUACAUCACUUGGCGAAGGCAGAGCAAAGUCUUUCCUCAAGAUAAGGGCCACCACCCAACUCUGGGGGAACAUCCGAAGUUUACCAACUACUCUUUUGAUGUAGAAGAAUUUAUGUACCUUGUCCUUCAGGCUGCAGACCACGUAUUGCAACACCCGAAGUGGCCAUUUAAGAAAACACGUGAUGAGCUAUAAAUGUGUUGAGUCUUUUUGCCAAAAGGGAGUGUUUAAAUGGUCCUCCACCCAGACUCACCUCACAGUUAAAUAGGUAAAACAGCCUGUUAUCUCCUAGCCCCAAAGUACCUUUUUUUAAUACCAAAACAUGCCUUCAGGGUAUUACUUAUGUGUUUUAUAGUCUUUAACUGUUUCAUGUGAUUGUGUCAUUGCUAUUUAUCAAGAUACUCUUUUUGCACUGAAAACUUUACUUUUUAUAGUUCAGAAAUUGGCCCUGGGCUCACUGGCGUAAUUGAGCCUUUUUCUUAGGGAUACCAAAGUUUGCAACUUUCUUAGCUUUAGAAUUUGUAAAUGUUUUUUUAUAGAAUACCGUGAACUCGUCAUUCAAGAGGCUUCCAACUUGUUAAUCAUAUAUUUGAGCAAAUUCACAACUCAUUUAUUUGCCAUGAUUUGUUCACAGCACUGUUUGUAGUAGGAAAGGAAAACAUGCAAACACACACACACACACACACACGCACACACACAGUUGUGGUUCUCAGUACCAAGCUAUAGGCCGUGUUAUAGAUUAAACAGUAUUAUAAACAGAUCUGUUUAACUGUAUCAGAGUCUAAACUAACUCCUGCUGAAUUCUCUGUUGUUAUCUUUUUAGUCAACACCAGGUUAUAUUCAUCAAGAACCUGAAUUAACCAUGCUGUUGCAUUAGUUCAUAUUCACAUUUCAUAUGCAAAUCAUGUUUUCCUCACAUGUAACAACCACAUAUGAUAAAAACAAAUGAGGACGUCCUUUAGGACUGUUUUGUAUACCUUCUAGCUGGUUUCCACUGGUUCCUUCUUAGCCGUGGAGAGCAUUUAUAAAUCAAAUAGUGGUUUUGUUGCGCACGUGCUUGUAAGUGCAUAUACCUAUGUGUAUGUGUCUACCUCUUUUAGCAUGGAAGUAUUCCAGUCUCUGAUUUUGCAAACUUUAAAUUAGCCACAAGAGGAGAUUUUUUCCCUAUGAAAAAAUUAAAGACACACACACGAAAAAGGUAAAGACAUGCAUGAAUUAUCCAAUUCAAAAUGAAUAAGAAGCCAUAAGAAAGUGCCAUUGAUCAAACAGCAUAUCUGAAAUGCAGUCCCACUCUGAAUGGGCUUCAUUUCCUAUUGUCUAUGAACUUUCAAUUUAGUGGUCAGAAACCAUGGAUUUAUUACUGUAAAAUGUGAAGUUUACAUUUUAUUAACACUUGAGCAGUCUAAUUUAGAGACUAGCAACUUCUAUUUUUUUAGGUAGGGGAUUAACAGAGUACAUCAGAGCUAAGCAUUAAAAAAAAUAUAUUUUAGAGUUGUAAAAAAAAAAAGAAUAUGCAACAGAGAAGUGACCUGAGAAAUAUAAAAUAUUUAUUAUUUGGACCUUUACAGAACAUGUUUGCUGACUCCUGCUUUAAAGGAUUAUGAACAGUUUUCUAGAGUUGAGGAAUAUUUAUUAAAAUAUCUGUCAAGGAAUUAGUGAAUCACUGUAGCAAUAGCUUUGAUUUGAGAUCUUUACAUUGUUUUAAAAGACUUACAACAUAUGAGUUUUGAAAUGAGUGGUGAUGCUGCUGUCCUUUGUCCAGUAUACUGAGUAGCCACUGAGAUCGCUCACAUAAAAGGAGUUGUCAAGACCACGUUGCACUUCUAGUCAGAGAGGUGUAAACAUCUGAAAAAAUGGCCUCAAAAAAGGUUUCAACAGUUUAUCUUCUUACCUCAUUUUAAAAACUAUGUGGCAAAGUGAUUCUGUAGAUGAGCAAGAAUUUCAGACAUUGAGAACAAUUUCAUAAUGAGAUGUUACAUUUGCAUAUUUCACAUUUAAAGAGACAAUAUGUUUUAUAGAAACAAGAAAAUACAUUAGAUACUUUAUGGAACUCAGUUUUAUCAGACUUUUUUGAUGGGAGCAAAAGAAGGUCUUCAAAUUGUUAUAAAAUUUAAAAUGUAAAGACUACUCUUUUUAUCAAGUCUUUGAAGAGGUGCAUGUCGUUGUUUGUACAUGUGGGGUAUGGCCUUGGAAUAAAUCGUUUUACAAUU